AUGUCAGAAAUGGAUCAAAAAAGAAAAACUGUUCCGGUAGAUUAUGAUAUGUUUGCAUUUUCAUCACACCAAGUUUCUUACCAGGAGCCGGACAUUCCACUCGGCGAUCCAGAAGAUCUUCUUCCCGCGCACAGAGCUUCUGAAGAAAAAUACAAAAAGCACGUGGAAAAUAUGAAGAGGUUUGCUCAAGAACACAAUGUUCACUUCUUUGAGUUCAAAAAAAUCACUGCUCCGCCACCAUUUCCGUCUACUUAUCCAGAUGUCCUCGAUUCAAUCAGUGGCCACUAUGGUGCUUUCUUCUUUCCAAUUCCUGGAUACACUUAUUCACCGCCUGAAGAUCCCACACCCGUCAAAUCGAAGCCAGUAGUACAAGAACCAGUUAAAUUAUUGAAAAGGCCACCCGGACUUCCUUCUCCACGCCGUCACCCUUCUGGCAGAAAAAGACACGGACCAAAUGAAUACCAGCCAGUGCCUCAGCCUAUUUAUCAAGAGCAGCCAAUGCCUCAGCCUAUUUAUCAAGAGCUGCCAAUCAUGCAAUAUCGAGGACGUAACAAUGGCAGAUGGAUUGGAACUACAAGUAGACCAAUUCAACAAGUCCAUCCUUUUUCUCAUUUCACAUCUGAAUAUCCAUCAACACCUCCAUUUUUCUAUACAUGUGGCAAUAGGUGA